CAAACUGGUAAAGUCAUGAAUUAAAAAUGGAGUGAUACGUCACACACUGCCUGGUUUUCUUUUGUGAGACCGGUGCAGCCCUGUCACGCCCACAGCGCCCCCUUUCGGCCCGGACCGCCCACCACGGCCCGGCGCCUGUGAAAGGGUACCAUGUCAGCCGCAGCAUGUCGCAGCAUUCCUCCGGUGGGGGCGGACCCUGCCACUGCCCGCCUGAGGACGGCGACGGCCCGGGCAGGGACUACUACCAGGGUCACAGCGAUGGCCACUAUUACCCUCCAGGCCAGGCUGAGGCCUUGGCGCUGGAGAGGCACCAUUCCCACUCCCACUCCCACUCCCAUGGCCACUCUGGAGGGGGAACCUUUCCACGUUCCCACCCCAGCCAGCACCCGCCUCUCCAGUCAUUUGACUCUUGCGAAGAGUGCCUGUCUUCAGGUCACGGAGGGAAGAUGCACCGCAUUCCCCCCAACAUGAUUGACCAGGUGCCCUUUCAACCCGAUGGCUUCCACACACUGCAGUACCAGCGUGCGGCUAGUGGGGGGGCUGAGCCGCGCAGCGAGAGCCCCUCGCGUAUCCGCCACCUGGUCAACUCUGUGCAGCGCCUCUUCGCAAAGUCCCAUUCCUUGGAGGCGCCGGCCAAACGCGAGUACAACGGCACGCGUGGAGGCGGGGACUACCGCAGUGAGAGAGGAGGAGGCCACAGGAGUGGAGGGGAGGAGGGUGGGGGUCACUAUUCAGGUCACCAGCCUCGCUCUGCCAGGAGGAGCAAGUCUCGAGAGCGCAGCAAGAGUGGGGACUCACGCCAUGAGUCAGGCAGACGCCAUCGCAGCAGGACGGCAGGCUGGUGGAGCUCCGACGACAACCUGGACAGCGACAGCAGCUACCUGGUCAGUGGGGGCAGGCGAGGGUAUCCCAGCGGACACGAGAGCCUGGAUGCAGCCAUCCAGGAGCUCACCAUGAAGAGGCCCAAGGAACGUGGUGGUGGUGGUGGUGGUGGUGGUGGUGGUGGUGGUGGUGGUGGUGGCGGUGGUGGUGGUGCACAGAGUCCUGGGGAGUGCAUGGCCUGUACCACAAUGGCUCUGGCCGGGAGUGAUGGAGGGGGACACCACGGCCACCACGGCCAUUCCCUGAAAAGGAGCACCUGGUCAGCCAUGACAGUGAGUCAGGCCAGAGAGGUGUACCCUUCCACCAGGGGGUCGAGCUACGAAAAAGCUCUGGUGCCCUUGGAGAGUAAGCUGAAGGAGAGGAGCUUCCACUACCUGCAGGUCCCUUCAGAUGACUGGGGUGGUGGAUACGGCGGUGGCAGUGGAACAGACAGCGGAGGGGAGAUUCCUUGUCGCCGCAUGCGGAGCGGCAGCUACAUCAAGGCCAUGGGUGACGAUGACAGCGCUGACUCGGAUACAAGCCCAAAAGCUUCGCCUAAAUCCACCUUGAUUGCCCAGAGGGACGCCUUUAGACGGUCCAUCAGCAUGGAUCAAAGGUACUCAUGUAAGCAGUGUACAGAUUCCUACCCCAACAGCCGAACUACACCCAAAACGCAAACGCGCUCUCGUAGCUACACCCGCUCUCUGACCAGCGCCCAGCUGGGAGACACGUUGAACCGUCAGUUCGAGGCGGUGUGUGAGACCAUGUUCGGGGAGGUGGAGUCUCAAGCCGUCGAGGCCCUGGACCUUCCCGGUGUUUUCCGCACUCGCAGCCACAGCUACGUCCGUGCCAUCCAGGCCGGCUGUUCCCAAGACGACGACUGCCUCUCUGUCUUCUCCAUGUCGGGCCCCCAGGGAAGCAUCAAGGCCGGGGCGGUCUUUCCUUAUCGUAAAGGUGCUCCUCCCCCACUCCCACCUCGCAUGUCCAAGUCUUCACUCUCGGUGCGAGCCCAGAGCAGCACCGAGUCCACCCAGGAUGCCUACUUCCACACCGGUGGACAGAUGGCCCCGAGUUCAGGCCCUGGGCGCCCCAAGCAGCACAGCAACUCCGUAGACCUGGGCAGCUCUGACGGCCCCUCAGGUCGCCUCUCCAGAGGGGGCUACUACACGGCCACAGGCUCACGCUCCAGACAUCACAGUAACUCUGCAGAGAGCCUGGAUGGGGUCAGGGGUUCGCGGGAGCUAGUGCCCUACGGAGGGGGACCGGGAGUUGGAGUGAGGGCCAAACACAGCAGCUCGGCUGACAGUCUGCUGGAGGGGCCACCGAGGCCGGCCAGGGAGAGGGACGGCCGGGUCGGGGGAAGCCUGGGGAAGUCAGUCUCUCUGCCUCAGAACAGCAUGGUGCUGAGCAAAGCUGGGGGGCAGGACGAUGGGCGUGGUGGGAGGAAGUGGAGGCCGUCCAUAGCCGUGCAGGUGGACAGCUCCGAGACUCUGUCAGAUUCAGACCCAGAUGCAAAAGCUCUAACAGAGGUCCACUCUAUAGGAGUCCAAGUGGAAGAGGACAAGAGACGUGCUCGCUUCAAGCGCUCAAACAGCGUGACGGCGAGCGUGCAGGCCGACCUGGACCCCGAGGGCUUCCCCGGGCUCAGCAUUGCCGUGCCAACGCAGGACAAGAGUCUCCAGUUCGGCUGUUCUUUCCAAAGGCACUCCUCAGAGCCGGAGUCAGCAAGCCAGUACACUGAGUGUCACCGCACCGUGCACACACAGGGACAAUGGGCCUACAGAGAGGACCUUAUCCAGGGUGGCUAUACCACUGAACCCUGCCCAGCGGACCCACGGCCCCACCAGCACCCACACUUGCCUCCACGUUCCCACUCCCCUCUGCCCAUCACCUCUGAGAGAGCUUGGGCGGGGACGCCAUCCCUGGAGGGCCCCCGGAGCCUGCCCGACUCCGGCCGAGCCUCGCCCUGCAUGAGAGACGGAGAGUUCUUCUUACGCCUCCUGCAGACAGAGGUGGAGAGGAUGGAGGGCUGGUGCCAGAACAUGGAGAGAGAGGCAGAGGAGAACGACCUGCCAGAAGAAGUUCUUGAGCUGAUACGAAAUGCAGUUGGCAGUGCCCAGAUGCUCAUGUCUCAGAAGGUCCAGCAGUUUUUCCGCCUCUGCCAACAAAGUGUGGACCCAUCAGCGUACCCUCAGCCCACCUCUCAGGACCUGGCAGGCCUCUGGGACCUGCUGCAGCUCAACAUAGAGGACGUCAGGAUCAAGUUUCAGGACCUCCAGAGGCUCAAGGACUCUGGUUGGAGGCUUCCACCUGAAAAGAAGGAGGAUAAAAAGCUUCCUCCUCUACCAAAGAAGCCAGCAGGCGGGGUGAGUGGCAGCCUCCGGGCGGAUAGCGUCGGGGAUGGGCUCGGCGGAGCUGGGUCGGGGGGCCUGGUGGUUCCUCGCAUUGGUGGACAUACCUUACCCAUGAGAGAGAAGUCCCUGGACCUCGGGGACCGUCAGAGGACAGAAGCGAGGAGGAGGCUGCUGCAGACCAAGCGUACUGCCUCCUUCAGGCAGAACUCGGCCACAGAGAGCGCAGACAGCAUCGAGAUCUACAUCCCCGAAGCCCAGACUCGACUCUGA